AUGUGUCCUCAGGCCGUCGAGGAACAAAGCGCGAAGCGGAGGUUCAGGCCGAGGAGGAGAAAACAUGCACUGAGGGGAAGAGGGAUAAGGAGGAGGAGGAGGAGAAGGAUGAGGGCGGCCAUGAUGGCCAGAGAGUGGUCAUUGAACACUGUGUAUGGGCGUAAUGCCGAGGAGGUGAAAGCUGCCCUCCUGGCUGCCCAUCCUGGACUGACUGUUGUCCUUAACCCUGAGAAACCCCGCAGGAACAGCUUUGAGAUCACUCUGCUGGAUGGAGGCACAGAAACAUGCCUGUGGACAGGAAUAAAGAAGGGUCCACCUCGUAAGCUGAAGUUUCCCGAAGCCGACGUUGUAGUUGCUGCUCUGCAGAAGGCUUUAUAG